AUGUCGUCUCGUAGUCGUCAUCACUUGACUAUCAGCGACAAGAACCGACUACGGCGCUACCAUAAGCAGCACCCAGAGUUGACACAGGAAGAGCUGCGUGAAUGGGCAUAUACGACGUUUGGUCAAUGGAUCGCACGCUCCACCGUGGGCCACAUCGUACGCGCUCCCGAGGAGGUGAGUGCCAACCCGGAGGCCACACGCUUCCAGAGCGGUCGUUAUCCAGACAUGGAGCAGGAGUUAUACGCACUUAUUGAGGCACGUUGGCGUCAAUUGGGUGUGACUAUGAAGGAAGCUGGUGGUAGUCAUGGACUGAGUGAUGCAGAGCUUUGGACCAAGGCGAAUGAGAUUCUCAAACGUACGAGGGGCAGUGACGAGAGCGUGUCAGUGGCUUGGGUACAUCGUUUUAAGAAGAGACAUGGACUGCAUCGAUGGCAGAUGAAGAGAGCAGCUGCUGCAGUGGCUCCUACAGGGACGGAAGAGAUGGAGAUGCAGCAGCAGCAGACGGUUGUAGAGCAUUGCUUGGAUGGGACAGAGAGUGCAGUCUUGGGUGUGACAGGAAACAAGAGAAGUACCACUGAGGUGACGGAAUUAAGUGAGGUGACAGGGACAUGGAUGGACUCAGCGAGGAAGAGACCAGCUACUACAGUUGCAAGGACUAGUGAUGCUUGUGCUUCUACUGCAGCUACUGCACAUGCUGCAGCUUCUUCAUCUACUGUUGGUACUCGGUCACAUUUUGUUUCGUCGGAUGACAUUUUGCUACUGACACAUGUGCUGGCCAUUAAGCCGUGGGGUUUUCCGUAUGCGAUGGACGGAUGGCAGCAAGUAAUGGAAAAGCUGCGGUCAGAUGACUCGUUCCGGCUGGAGAAGACGGCGGGUGCGUGUCAGGCGCGGAUAAAUCUGCUGUUGAGUCACAUGAAAGCCGGCAACACGUCGGCACUGCGCAAGUCCGGAACGGAAGAAGAGAUCGACACGAAGUGUGCGUUGAUUGCAGAGGUGGCAACGCAGAUUGACGAGCAUGCGCGCGCGACUCAGAAGAGGAAUAGCAAGUCAUUGACAGUAGUUGGCGAUCAGAUGUCUGUGGCGAAAGAUCGUCGAGAGACGGCUGCUUGUACUGGAGUACCGGAUCUUGUGAAGGAUCGUGAGCAAAUAGCUCAGCGUCGUCUGGAGCUGAUGGAGCGCAAGAUGGACCGGGAGUUGGCAGCACAGAAGCGUCACUCCGUAGAGCAAGUUAUGCGGCUUGAGCAGUUGUAUCGUGAACAGCAACAGAUUCAACAGGAGCAGCAUGCACAAUUACUUGCUACAAUCCAGCAGCAGCAAGCCAUGAUGUUUGACCUCAUCAAAUCAUUGGCUUCUUCGACUAAUUAA